AACCACUACAGCAGCUACAACUGCUACCACGCCAGGUACAACAUCGACAGCAUCAACUGUAACAACAACCACAGCCGCUGGAACUACUGCAACACCAGCUACAACAACCACUAUAGCAGCUACAACAAGUACCACAGCGACACCAACAACUAUUACAGCCGCUCAAACCACUACAGCAGCUACAACUGCUACCACACCAGUUACAACAUUGGCAACAUCAGCUCCAAUGACCACCACAGCUGCUGCAACUACUGCAACACCAGGUACAACAACUACUACAGCAGCUCAAACCACUACAGCAGCUACAACUGCUACCACACCAGUUACAACAUCGACAACAUCAGCUCCAACGACCACCACAGCUGCUGCAACUACCACCACAGCUGCUGCAACAAGUACCACAGCGGCACCAACAACUACUACGGCAGCUCAAACCACCACAGCAGCUUCAGCUACUACCACGCCAGCUACAACAAUUACUACAGCAUCUACAAAAAUCACUACACUAGCUACAACAUCGACAAAAGCUGGUCCAACAACCAACACAGCACUUUCCACAACAAUAUCAUCAGCUCCUACAACUACUAGAUCAGCUCAAACAACGACCACAGCAGAUGCUUCUGCAACAACUAACCCUAACCCUGCACCCACAAAUACAACUGCUCCAACAACCACCAGAACAGCUGCAACAACAACAUCUGCUCAAACAAUCACCACUGCAGCUCCAAUAAUAAUCUCAUCUGCAACUAUUGCAACUGCUACAGCAACCACGACAAGAAGCCCAGCUCUUACCACAAUUGCUCCAAUAACUAUCACAGCAGCUUCAACAACUUCCACUCUCAGUUCAAUAAGUACAACAACAGCAACAACAACCACAUCUGGGGCCACAACCGCCAGGUCUCUGGCAACUAGAUUUGUUGUUUUCAGAUCCAUUCAGAGCACUUUUACAAAGGACUUGUUGGAUUCAUUAUCCGAAGCUUUUAAGAAUCGAUCUUCAUUAAUAAAGAGACAGCUAGAACCUGUUUACAAAAAUGCAUUCGGUUCAUCAUUUGUUGCAUUGGAUGUUGUGAGCUUCAGUCAAGGAUCAGUCAUAAACAACAUGGAACUUCAGUUUGUAAAUUCAUCUGUACCAAACAACACCGAGAUUAAAAAUGUUUUGAACAGUACAGCCUUAAACGUUACAGACUUUGACAUUGAAUUGGCCUCCAUCAAUGUCAGUGACACAAAUGCUGCAUCAACUACUACAACUGUUGUACCAACAACUACACCUAGUGCAACAACUACUACAUCUGCUGCAACUACAGCUUCAAGUGGAGUAUGCCACAAGAUUAAUUCCAGCACUGUUUUCCCUCUGAUGCUGCUAUUAUGGGUUCUAUCAAGCCAGCAAUAGCAUCUGUGCUAUUCCAUAUGAAUGGCUUGCAGAAGAUGAUCUCUUUCACUGCAACUCUUUAUUUAUUAUUAUUUAAUUGAGAAAGAAUAUAUGUUUGUCAAUAUGAAAAUAUUUCUGGGUGGGAAUGACCCUGAAAUGAACAAAAUGACACAGACUUAUUUUAUGCACCCCAUUAAUUGAAUCAUAAAUAGAAAAUCUGACUCGAGGAUACAGGGACAAAAUAUAUGGUUUCUUCUGUAUCUUAGAGGCUUGGCAGUUUAUGCUGUUCAAUUCAGUUUUAUUUAUAUGGCACUAAACCACACUAACAGUCAUCUCAAGGAACUUUAUAUUGUAAUGGUAAGAUAAAGAACCUACAGAGACCUUCCUGCUUGUAAGCGUGU